AUGGCAUCCAACACGCUGGCCGAAGAGGCCACAUCUAGCGACACCACAGAGCCGGGCGAGAGCCCUGUAAAUGGCAGCAUACAGAGCGACAGCUCAUCACCACCGUCGGGCACUUUGCCGAUGUCAAGAACGCUGUCAACACCAUCCAACCCGUCGCGACCGGUCCAUUCGACGGAUACACACCCAAGACAAUCGAGGACCCAACCACCCAAGUAUGCAACAGGAACUCAGACGCAGACGCAAGCAAAAACACAAAUACCGUCACAAAGACAGUCUCAGACACAGGCACAAACACAAAUACCGUCGCAGAGACAGCCUCAGACCCAAACCCGGGCACGGGUCCGAACCAGACCAUCGCGGCCCUACUCGAAAUCGCCACCCGACACGACCGGUAGGCCUUCCCACGCGACCAGCGUAUCCGUUCCUCUCCCACUCCCUCUCGCCAAGCCGGCACCGGCGUCAACAACACGCACGCGACGAAUUCGCGCCGCCGCUCUCCCAAAAGUCAGUACGCCCACGACAUCCCUCACACCGGUAAAAACCCGACCGCAGCAAGAAGCGACCCAGGAGCCGCUCCUCGACCUGGAGCCACUGCCCUCCCUCGGCCCGAUCCUCCUUCCGCCGCCGUUGCCACCUGGCACAGCCCCGCCACGGGCCAAGCUGGCCGUGCAGCUCAAGGUCAACCUCGAGAUUGAGGUGGUGCUCAAGGCGCGCGUGUGUGGAGAUCUCUUGCUGUCGGUGUUGUAG